CUGGGUCGGCGCGUGCUGCUUUUUUUUUGUCUUUUUUUGAGAUACUGGUCUUCGCUGUAGGAAUGAUGAUGAUGGCGGAGCUGGUGCAGGGGCAGGCCUCGGUGGCUCAGUCCGGAAUGAAAGCAGACGGCUUCGCCGACGCUUUACACCGGGCUCGACAGAUUGCUGCAAAAAUGGGCGUUGACCCCCACAUGAAUAGCUCGCCGUCCGCUGUCGACGCUUCCCUCUACAGCUUCGCAAGUCAGAAACGCACCCUAGAGGACGGAGUAGGUAACCAGCUUGGAGGAAUGGUGCAUCAAAGGGCUAUUAUUACAGAAGACUUCAGAGUGCCUGAUAAGAUGGUGGGCUUCAUUAUUGGCAGAGGAGGAGAGCAGAUUACAAAAAUUCAGCUGGAGUCCGGCUGCAAGAUCCAGAUUGCCUCAGACAGCGGCGGCCUGUUGGAGAGGCCCUGUACUCUGACCGGCACCCCGGAGAGCAUCGAGCAGGCCAAGAGGCUGCUGGGUCAGAUCGUGGAGCGCUGUCGCAAUGGACCGUGCUUCCACGGCGAGAUGGAGGGCAACAGCGCCAUCCAGGAGAUCCUCAUCCCAGCCAGCAAAGUGGGCCUGGUCAUUGGCAAGGGUGGAGACACCAUCAAACAGCUGCAGGAAAGGACAGGAGUGAAGAUGAACAUGAUCCAGGAUGGACCCAUGCCGACGGGCGCAGACAAGCCCCUGCGCAUCACGGGGGAUGCGUACAAGGUGCAGCAAGCUCGAGAGUUGGUGCUGGACAUCAUCCGGGAAAAGGACCAGGGAGACUUCCGAUUAGGAAGGAAUGACUUCGCAUCUCGGCUGGGAACAAGCAGCUUGGACGUGUCUGUGCCGAGGUUUGCAGUUGGAAUAGUCAUCGGCAGGAACGGCGAGAUGAUCAAAAAGAUCCAGAACGACGCUGGUGUGAGAAUCCAGUUCAAACCAGAUGACGGCAUCAGCCCGGAACGCGUGGCGCAGGUGAUGGGCCACCCCGAGCGCUGCCAGCACGCACUGCACCUCAUCAACGAGCUGGUCCACACUGCGCAGGAGCGCGACAGCUUCGGGGGUGUGGGGGGCUCCCGAGUAAGGGUCAGAGGUCAUGGGGAGUGGAACAUGGGGGCAUCGGGGGGGCUGCAAGAAGUGACGUACACGAUACCUGCUGACAAGUGCGGCCUUGUGAUCGGCAAAGGGGGAGAGACCAUUAAGAACAUAAACCAGCAGUCUGGGGCCCAUGUGGAGCUGCAGAGGAACCCGGCAGCCAACACCGACCCAAACGUGCGCAUCUUCUCCAUCAGGGGCACCCCUCAGCAAACGGAGCUGGCCCGACAGCUCAUCGAUGAGAAGAUUGGAGGGCCAGGAAUUGGGGGAAGCAGCAGCUUUGGACUGAGCCCCUUCUCUCAAGGGCCAGGUACUCCUCACCAAAAUGGACCUCAGACGUUUAUGACUGGCGGAUGGGGGUCAGCAUACCAGGCGUGGCAGGCACAGGGCCAGCAAGACCCUAGUCACAAUGGAUCCCAGACUGGACAGAUGGAUUAUUCUAAAGCCUGGGAGCAGUAUUACAAAAAGCUAGGCCAGCAGAGCCCUGGUCCCGGCACCAGCCCUGACUACAGUAAGGUGUGGGAGGAGUACUACAAGAAGCAUAGCCAUGCUACAGCCAACGCCCCCCAGCAGAGUUCUACCCCAGACUACAGCGCAGCCUGGGCAGAAUACUACCGACAGCAGGGGGCGUACUAUGGGCAGAGCACCCAGCAGGCAGCCGGACCGGGCCUUCAGGAACAUUAAUGGAUUUCAUUUCACUGAAGAUUUUGGAAUCAUUGAAUGAAAACAAGCUUUUAUAUAAAUGAGGUUUCUAAAUUUGCAAUGCCUUAAGACUUCUUUUUUUCUUUUCUUAGAGCAAAACACUAACUAUAGGAUGACUUCUACAAUCUAAAGAAUGUUUAAAAUGUAUUUUCUGAAUCAGGAACUUGUCAUUGUAACUGAAAACAUGGACACCAGUAUGGUUGAAUGGACAAUAUCCAGGAAUCCUUGUUCAGUCUGAGAUUUUUUAAAGAAAACUAAUAUAUCCUGGAUUUGUAACAUUUCAGCAACAAUAUUCUUUCUUUGCAAUAAAUUGUUAUGGGCUUAGCAGUCUUGAUUAAUGUUGUGUUCAUCAAGAGAAAUUUUUGAAGUAUGUUUGUGCUCUACUUAUUUUCACUUUUAUAUGAGACUUUUUGAUUCUGUGAGAUGAAACUGUUUUGUUACAUUAAUGGUAUUUCUUUUGUUACAGAACAUCAAGAAACGGUGUUUAGCCAAUUGCAGUCAAUUCGUAAUAUAAUUGUUGUUUUCCUUGGUAUUUCCGUGUUUGACAUUUUUCUACUCAGAUUUUUGUAAGGUGCAAUAUCUUAUUUCAUUUUUAACAGAUGUUUAACUUGUAGCUUGGAAUAAAUUGUAUUGUUUGUUGGAUAUCUGGAAUUGUAAUCAUGAGUAUAUGUUUUAUUGCAAUCAUCUGAUAUGGGUGAAAGUGGUGUUACAUGGAUUUGCUAUCACAUUAAACUGUGUGUUCUCAAAUACUUGACUAAAUACCUUAUUUUAAAGAUAUGAUUGCAUCAGAAGUUUUAUAUGUUAUAUUCACAGGCAAAAAUGUCCUUGUUAAUGUGCCGUUUUCAUGCUGAAAAUUGUUUGAAAGAUUGUAAAUGUGUGAUUUGAAAUUUGAUGUUGCAUCUAAGGACAAAAUGUAUCUUCGUGCUUUGCACCUUAACCAUUGAAGACUGCUAAGCCUAUAUUUGAUUCUACCUGUGUAAUUAAUACUUUUUGUAAACUAACUAGCUCAGCCAACACCCAAACCAGUACACACUGUGGGCUCAUCCAGAGUCUGAUGCUAAUACCAUUUUAAUUGUUAUUCUGUCUAUUUUGUGUGAUAUUAUACAUAUAUAUAUAUAUAUACAUACAAGCAUACAUUGGUUAGUUACAAAAUGACUCCGGUUUUAAUUGUAUUACCUAAAGAAAAGGGAUAUUAUAAUUUCAGAGUUUAAUUUGUUGCUUUUCCCCUCAUGUACAGUUAACAUGUAUUAAGUGUCAAGAGUAAUUUUUGUUGCAAUGAAUUGGAGUUUUAUUAUCAAUGUUUGAAUAGGUUUAGUACAUUCCAGUUUAAAAUGUUUUUAUUUUGCAAAUAAUUUUAAAUCUGCAUUUACUCUGAUUGCUUUCAUUGGACUGACUAAAUAUACAAUAUAUAGAAAUUUAUAUAUGUUGUAUAUAGAAAAUAUAUAAAUAUAUUCUCUCUAGUUAAUUUUUACUUUUACUUCUCACUCUAAUAAAUUGGCCUCAGAUCUUU